UCCGCGAGGCUCCGCGCGAUCUCGUGCCCUUCCGCCCCGGCAGGGUGCGCGGUCUCGCGAGAGCGGCGCUGUCCGCGCUGGCGGGGCGGGGCGUGGGGCGCAGUCUCGCGAGAUCUGGCGGCCCGCUGGCGCCCCCGGCCCKCUCCCUCACGCUGACAUGGUCGCCGGCGAUGGACCCUCCCAGGACAGGAAGCCCUUAYCAGCCCGCCAUUGAAGCUUUGGAAGACCACCCAGAGAAGAAGUUUUAUAAUGUGUCGAAGCUCGGAGGCGCCAAGUAUGAUACUCUGCCUUACUCCAUCCGAGUGUUGUUUGAGUCCAGUGUCCGGAACUGUGAUGGCUUCUUAGUGAAAGAAACGGAUGCUAUGAACAUCUUGGACUGGAAAACAAAACAGAACCAUGUUGAAGUGCCCUUCUGUCCUGCCAGAGUUGUUCUUCAAGACUUCACUGGAAUUCCAGCAAUGGUGGAUUUUGCUGCCAUGAGAGAAGCUGUGAGAAAUGCUGGAGGAGAUCCAGUGAAAGUCAAUCCUGCCUGCCCWACUGAUCUCACUGUUGACCAUUCUCUGCAGAUUGAUUUCAGCAAAUGUGCAAUACAGAACGCUCCCAACCCCGGUGGGGGCGAGGCCCAGAAGCCRCUGGCCAAGCUGUCGCCGCUGAAGGCCCCGCCUCGGAAGCUGCCCCCGUGCCGGGGGCACAGCGGCUGCAGGGGCUCGUGCGGCGCGGGGGAGUCCGGCCGCAGCUCAGGACCCUUCUCUGCGCAGAUUGAGAACACCCCCAUCCUCUGCCCCUUCCACCUGCAGCCCGUGCCUGAGCCUGAGACAGUAUUGAAAAAUCAGGAGAUGGAGUUUGGCAGAAAUAGAGAGAGACUUCAAUUUUUUAAGUGGAGUUCAAAAGUUUUCGAGAAUAUUUCCAUAAUUCCACCCGAGACUGGAAUGGCACACCAAGUGAACUUGGAAUAUUUGUCCAGAGUGGUUUUUGACGUUAAAGAUUUCCUGCACCCCGAUAGCGUGGUUGGCACAGACUCGCACACAACCAUGGUAAAUGGCUUGGGUAUCUUGGGCUGGGGUGUUGGGGGCAUUGAGACAGAAGCGGUGAUGUUGGGAAUGCCCGUCACUCUCACUCUGCCUGAGGUGGUGGGCUGUGAGCUGACAGGCRCAGUCAGCCCCUUUGCCACAUCCAUAGAUAUUGUCCUAAGCAUUACAAAGCAUCUUCGACAAGCUGAUGUCGCUGGAAAAUUUGUUGAGUUUUUUGGGAGUGGUGUUUCCCAACUGUCCGUAGCAGACCGAACCACAAUAGCAAACAUGUGUCCUGAAUAUGGUGCUAUUCUGAGUUUUUUCCCUGUUGAUAAUGUGACACUGAAGCACUUAAAGUAUGCAGGUUUUGAUAAGGCCAAGCUUGAAGUCAUGGAAGCAUAUCUUAAAGCUGUGAAGUUAUUUAGAAGUGAUGAGAGUUCKUCCCGAGAACCUGAGUAUUCCCAGGUAGUGCAAGUUAGUCUAAGUUCUAUAAUUCCAUAUGUCAGUGGCCCCAAGAGAUCCCAAGACAGAGUGGCUGUUAAUAACAUGAAAAGUGACUUCCAAGCUUGCUUAAAUGAAAAGUCUGGUGUUAAAGGGUUUCAGAUUGCAGCUGAGAAGCAGAAUGACAUUGUGCCUGUUCAGUAUGAAGGAAAUGAAUACAAGCUGUCCCAUGGCUGCGUUGUCAUUGCUGCGGUCAUCAGYUGUACCAACAAUUGCAAUCCAUCUGUCAUGCUUGCUGCAGGACUCCUGGCCAAAAAAGCUGUUGAGGCUGGCCUAACGGUGAAGCCUUACAUCAGAACAAGUUUAUCACCAGGCAGUGGCAUGGUUACACAUUACCUCAGUUCCAGUGGAGUAUUGCCAUACCUCAGCAAGCUUGGGUUUGAGGUUGUUGGUUAUGGGUGUUCCACCUGUGUUGGGAACACAGCUCCUCUGCCAGAAGCCAUCAGGAAUGCAAUAAAACAGGGUGAUAUCAUUGCCUGUGGGGUGUUGUCUGGAACAAAGAACUUCGAGGGCCGCCUGUGUGACUGUGUCCGUGCCAACUACCUGGCGUCCCCUCCGCUGGUGGUGGCCUACGCCAUCGCGGGCACCGUCAGGAUAGACUUUGACACGGAGCCUCUGGGCACCGGAUUUAACGGCGAAAGUAUUUACUUACGAGAUAUUUGGCCCACCCGACAAGAGCUUCACACAGUGGAAGAGGAGUGUGUGAUAUCAUCCAUGUUUAAGGAAUUGAAAGAAAAGAUGGAGAAAGGAAACAAACGAUGGAAUUUACUGGAAGCACCAGAGUCUACUUUAUUUCCCUGGGAUAUAAAAUCUACUUAUAUUAGAUGUCCUUCCUUUUUUGAUAAACUUGCCAAAGAACCAGUUUCACCACAGCCAGUUGAAAAUGCCCAUGUGUUGCUGUAYCUGGGGGACUCUGUAACCACAGAUCACAUUUCCCCCGCCGGGAGCAUUGCAAGGAGCAGUGCUGCUGCCAAGUACUUGACCAGCAAAGGACUCACACCUCGUGAAUUCAACUCUUAUGGGGCUCGAAGAGGUAAUGAUGCUGUGAUGACAAGAGGUACCUUUGCAAAUAUCAAGCUUCUGAAUAAGUUCAUAGGAAAACCAGCUCCUAAAACAAUUUACUUCCCAUCUGGACAAACGCUAGAUGUGUUUGAAGCAGCGGAGCUGUACCAGAAGGCAGGCAUUCCUGUAAUUAUUCUAGCAGGAAAGAAGUAUGGACUGGGUAGCUCAAGAGACUGGGCUGCAAAAGGACCUUUUUUACUGGGUGUUAAAGCUGUCCUUGCUGAGAGCUAUGAGAAGGUUCAUAGGAGUCAGCUGAUUGGAAUUGGCAUUGCUCCACUUCAGUUUCGUCCUGGGGAAAAUCCAAGUACUUUGGGACUCACUGGCAGAGAGCAAUUUUCUAUAUUGUUCCCUCCAGAGCUGUCGCCCAGAAUGACUGUGGAAGUUAAGACAAGCACUGGAAAAGUAUUCAGCGUGAUUGCCUUGUUUGAAAACAAUAUGGAAAUAACUUUAUACAAGAAUGGUGGAAGUCUAAACUUUGUGGCUCGAAGAUUCUUAUAGUAGCUACUGACUCUCUGGGUACCCUGCAUAACUGGUAACUCAGAAAAUGCCUUGUGUGAACCCAGGAAUCUGUACUGUGGAACUGCAAACAGUCCUAGUGUGCUCAAAGUUACUUCGUCCAUGGAUGUAAAAGAUUGUGAAUCAUUGUAACUGCAACGAGAUCCUUUCUGAUUUUAAAUAAUAUUCUAAUGGUGCUAUUAAACAUUGCUAAAAUCAACAUGUGUAUUGUGACAGAGAGCUGUAAGUAUGGAGGGGAUGUUUUAUCAGACCAUUUUGUAAAUAAACUAUGCGAAAUUGAAACUGAUUGUUCUGAAGAUUAUUAUGUAAGAAGAUUUUCUGCAGUUGUUUCCACUCAGUUUUUGCACCUGUAAAUCUGUGUACUGCUGUUUGUUGGUUUAAGAGUAGCAGAUGGAAUCUUAAGGGCCAAACAGAUUUUUUUUUCAUCCAGAGCUGAAAGAGAUACUGAGUUUUCAAUUUCUUGUUCUUUAGGUUAUGGGCUGAACAAAAGCAGUCCACAUGAAGCCUGUGGUAUCCUGUAUCACAGAUAAUGACUUCCUUACCUUUAUUACGGGAUUAUAUUUCAUCUGGAUCCAGUUUUAAACUGCUCAAGCAAUGAAAUAUAUUAAAUACUGUGUACUUGGAAGAAACAUUUCUGCAUUUAAAAACAAAUCUCUCAGUUGUUUCAUUCAUGCAGGUUAAGCCAUGUUUCUUUAUGCCCUUCAACUGAAGUUUGUCAUCUGUUUCAAGGGAUGCACUUUGUCAUUUGUGACAUGUUUUUAUUGUGCUCUGCAAUAUCAUCCGACAAAGUACCUCCCCCAGUGUUUUAACCUUUAAAAACCUUUAAAAAUGUUUUAUAGGGCUGUUUGAAAUACUCUGCUUGAAAUACAAUCUGUAAUGAGUUACACUUGUCAGGCGUUUGAGCCCGGUGGCCAUGCUGCCUUUAGUGCUUUCUCAUGUGCUGGCAGCUCCCAGCUCUUACAAAGUGGUCCUUUCUGAGGAAGAGCCUGGAAUGCUGMACAGAGCUGUCUGUCAUGGCAGUGCAGUAGCUGUAAUUGUCAGCACAGUGAGGGUGAAACCCCUGUUCUGUAGUACACAGUAGCAGGAGAUGCAGAGUUCCUGCAGAAUGGCUCGUGCUCCCCUUUCACAGAGCUUUGGUGGUGUCUGAGCUGUGCGAGUCACUGCAGCUCCAGCAGGCUCUUCCUGUGCUCCUGUGUCUUCAAAAGCUUCCUAAGUCCACUUACAGUUCGUGUAGUGGUUAAUUUCUGCUGGAGAACAAAACUGCAGUACUUGCCUAUAAAUUGUCAAGAUUUUGCUUUAAGAUCUUUUUUGUUCUUGAUAAACUUUGUCUUAAAUAUUAAAACAUUCAAGAGGACUGUAUUAGCUUUAUUUACAUGUGCUUUUAAUUUAUAACCAGACACUAAGAUACAUGAGUUGUGAACUAACAGAUGCACUGUUCAAAUCUUUAAAUAGUACGCUUGACAUUCCUUAAAAAAAACCCCAAACCCAAAAUACCCAAGACCUCUUGCAAAAUUACAUCAAUACAAUGUCUUUUUUGACAGUUCAAAGGCCAAACUAAUUUGACUGACAUAAGUUUGAUAUUUUUCUGUUUUGUUUCACUAAAGUUUGAAGUUCUGUUAUAAUCUGGUUUUAUAUUUCACUAGUUUGAUGUAGUUUUCUUUUAGGUGAGCUGAAAACCAUUCCAGUGACUCCUACACUGCUAAGGGGGAUAAAGCAAUGCAGUUUUGARUAUUAUAUUCAACUGAAUGCUGAAUGAGUUCCUGUUCCAUUCAUUCUAUCCAGAGUGACURAGCAGAUCUUACUUCUUGUACAACAGUGUCUAAUUCUAUUUUAUGCCAGUUCAAAGGUAUAUUCUUGAUUUCGUUCAAGAAAAUGUAUGUUAGUGGGGAGAAAAUGGGAAUUUAAUGCUGGUACAUAAUGAUGCCUCGUGCCGAUAAUAAAACUGCAACUCCAUGCCCUAUUUACAACUUGUGUAACUAAUGCUUAACGGGAACACAGCCCCCCCUGCCUUGUCUCCAUGCUUCAGGAGACAGGGAUCCAAGCCAUGUCAAGGCAGACUGAUGAGAAGUGUGAUUUCAAGGACUGUGACUUACCUGUAAGUUGUCCCCAGUAAUGCGAGUCAGCUCUUGUUAGAGACAAACGGGGCUUCAUUGUCAUAGCAGCUGCUUUAGUUCUGCUGCACUGCUGUACCUUCCAGUCCAUGGGAGAGGGUCCAACUGUGCUUGGGCACAGGGGCUGCUCAGCUGGAGGCUCCUGUUGGUGCAGCAGCUCCAGCUCUAAACAAGCCCAAGCCAGGACAGGCUGACUCCUGAACAGCCCUUUGMACACACCCUGAGCUGUGGGGGUGCUGUGUGGGAUGGCACUGCCCCUGUCCCAUCUGCUCAGGGGUGGGGAACUGCCCGUGCAGGGAACACCUGGCUCGAGAUCCAUGGGAACAGCCGUGCUCCCUCUGCCCUGUACAAAGCCCACAGCAAGAGCCCAGCAGCAAAGGGACGACAUUUAACUUUGGACACACCUGGGACCCCAGAGCCUUAGGUGGGCAGGAAUGGCAGAAGCUCUCAGGCAGUGGCAGGGCACAGGASAGUCAGGAUUGCUGUGCUCACACACCCAACGCCGUUCAAUUAGACCUCCCUUUAGUAUCCUAAAGCCUAGGAGGACGUGUACCUGUUUGAGAAGUGACUCAGUGUGUUAGAUGUAUUUAACCUAGACCUCUCUCCAUUUGAAUUUUGGGGGAGAAUCUUGUUGAAAUUUUUAUAAAUGUUUUCUCUUCUUGCUUCCCUCUUCCUCCCCAUCCCAAACUAUAAAGCUUUGGGAUAGCGUUGAUGUUUAUACAUUUUACACCUAAGUAUAAGAACAAGAAGCUAUGUAUAUUAAUCAUAUUUAAGCAACUGCAAAUCAAUGUCUGCUGUUUAAAGCCAACAGAACAGUGUAAGUUUKAAGUUCAGUAAGUAUUGUAUAGAUAUAUCUUAAGUUCCAUUGAUKAAAAUUGUGCAUAAAAUGUUACCAAUGCUGUAAAUUAUUUUUAAUAAAUAAAAUUGUA